AUGGAUUGGGCUGACAUAAAACUUACGGAUACUAACACAUCAGAGGAACUUGAUAAACUCCUAACAAACUUUCAAGACAUUUUUAAGGCAGAAAUCGGUGAAAUAAAUUCAGAACAAGGACAUAUACAGCUAAAGGAAGGGGCAAAACCAAUUUUCUUCAAACCACGACAAGUACCUUAUGCUCUAAGGAAAGCUGUUGAAGAUGAGCUAGGCCUACAUCGACUAGAGAGCAGUGGUAUAAUCUCUAAAGUUGAAAACUCACAAUGGGGAACACCAAUUGUUCCCGUAACAAAGCCUAAUGGAAGUGUAAGGCUCUGCGCUGACUACAAGGUAACAGCCAACAAACUAAUAUUAGAUGAAAAGUACCCUAUCCCUCGCAUUGAAGACAUUUUUACACACAUGAACAAAGGGAAAUUUUUCUGCACCUUGGAUAUUAGUAAUGCCUAUUUGCACCUUCCAAUGGAUGAAGAAUCAAGAGAAAUACAAACCAUAAAUGCGAGUCCUACUGGCUUAGGUGCUUGUUUAUCUCACAGAUACCAAGAUGGAUCAGAGAAACCAAUAGCAUUCGCCCCAAGAACUCUCACAAAAGCAGAAAGAAAGUACAGCCAAAUCGACAAAGAAGCUAAACUCAAAAGUCCACCUAAGGAAACGAUCCAUCCAUGGGAACCUCCAAGCGGGCCAUGGGAACGUAUUCACGUAGACUUUGCAGGACCACUAAAAGGCUGGAGUUACUUCAUUGUUGUCGAUGCUUACAGUAAAUGGGUAGAGGUGAUCCCGACUAAAUCGACAACAACUGACUGGUGCUUAAAACAACUAGACAAACUAUUUGCAACAUUCGGUUUUCCUCAUGUCCUCGUUUCAGACAACGGGUCUCAGUUUACAUCAACUUUGUUUGAAAAUUACUUCAAGAAAUAUCAAAUAACACAUAAAACCAUCGCUCCUUUUUGUCCGAAAUAUAAUGGUCAAGCAGAAAGGGUAGUUCAAACGGUGAAGAACCUCUUACAUGCUUGUGGGGGAGGACACAAUGAGGAUAAGAUAAACAUGAUACUGAAACAGCUAAGGAAGACACGCCAUUCGGCGACAGGACAAUCUCCAUACUUGUUUGGGAGAAACAUAAGAACCGAAAUGGACUUAAUGGUUGAGAUUAAACCUACCCCGCAAAAUAAAAGUCAAGUUAUAACUAGAAGAAGUUUCUCAAAGGGACAAGGUGUAUUAAUGAGAAAUUACUCAAACAUCUCAGGAGAAAAGUGGUCAACAGGAACAGUAGAAAGGCCGCUUGGGCAUGUGAUGUACCUCGUUAAAUCAGAAGACGGGCGGUUAUUUAAGAGACACUGCGACCAACUAAGAGCAGCUUAA